UCCAAGAGCCAGGUGUCCCAAAGGCUCCAAGGCUUAUGGCAACUACUGUUAUGCCUAUUUUAAGAUAGCAAAAUUCUUUAUGGAUGCAUAUUCCGAAUGCCAGAAACGUCGCAAUGGACACCUUGUGUCUGUGCUCACUGAGUCUGAGGGCUACUUCGUGGGCACCCUCAUCAAGAAUGCUGGCACAACAUACUCUUCUGUCUGGAUUGGUUUCCAUGACUCCACAGAGAGUCAACCCCAGGCAGGUGGAUGGGAGUGGAUUAAUGGUGAUCUGCUGAACUACGAUGCCUGGUUGAAAGGACUCCCUAACAAUGCCGGGUACUGCGGGGCUGUUGUUAGCAGCACAGGCUAUGAAAAAUGGCAAAAUUUUAGCUGUAAGACUAUGCUGCCCUACGUCUGCAAGUUUGAGAGCUAAAUCUGCUCAGAAAUCUACAGCUGAAUCAAC